AUGGUCAAGCUGACGCAUGAGCGCAACAAGAACAAAUACUGUCACUUUCAUCAAGACCAUGGUCACGAUACCGAGGAGUACAGACAGUUGAAGGAUGAGAUAGAGGCUCUCAUCCAGAGAGGGCACCUAGGCCGAUUCGUCAAGAAACAAGGGAACAAUCGCAGGCCAGAUUACUGUGCUCGGGAGCUAGAGGGAAGACAGAGAUUACCCCCCAGAGCUGAUAAAGAGGAACCACACCGAGGUAAGCCCCAUACUGAGAACAUGCCCCUGAGGGAGAUAACAACCAUAUUUGGUGGGCCUGGUAUGGGAGGAGAAACCUCAAACUCCCGAAAGCAGCAUGCUCAGAAUGUACUUCAGACCGAGGCAACAGUUAAAAAGAGGAGAACUGAUUAUCACAUAACCUUCACUAAUGAAGACCUGAUAGAUAUACAAUCUCCCCAUGAUGAUGCCCUGGUGAUCAAGAUGGUCAUCGCUAAUUGCACGGUAGGGAGGAUCCUGGUGGACAAUGGGAGUUCAACUGACAUCCUAUACUAUGAUGCAUUUGAAAAGAUGCUCCUGAAACCUGAGAUGUUGAAAAGAGUGGAGUCUCCCCUAUAUGGUUUCAAUGGGGCCCCGAUACAGGUGGAAGGAUCAAUUGAGCUACUGGUUACCAUGGGGAUAGAACCCAAACUCUCUACGGUGAUGAUGAACUUCCUAGUGGUAAAGGUGAAUUCCACGCACAAUGGAAUAUUGGGGCAACCAGGACUCAAUGCGCUGCAGGCGGUGGUCUCAACCCCACACCUAGUUAUGAAAUUCCCCACUGAUCACAGGGUAGGGGAAUGUCGAGGAAGCCAGGUGGAGGCCCGACGCUGCUAUGAAGGAUACUUAAGGACCAAAGGAAAGGAGCCCCAAAUGCAUUUGAUCCACUUGGAUGAUAGCAGAGAUAUCGAUGAGCAAGAGAGAAGUGAGCUAGCCGAGGAGUUGGUCCCUAUGGAAAUAGUGGAAGGGGAUGCCACGCGCAUCGUCCAGAUAGGCUCAGGCCUGAACGGUGAAAGGAAAUCCGCCCCCAUAAACUUCUUGAGAACAUAUACAAAUAUGUUUGCCUGGUCCACUGCUGACAUGCCCGGGAUAGAUAGGAAGAUAGCUUAA